GAUGAAGAUCAACUUCUUACGUCCCAACGUCGUCUCCAUCAGUUCAGUGAUGGCCGUGUCUCAGCAGGAUGGUGCGUGGUCGAUUUCAGUGGACCUGCUCCAAUGCAUGCUUGUGAAGCACCACGUGCUGCCAAACGUGGUCUCCUUGUCCUGCACGUUGAAGGCCUGUGCUUCUGCUGGUCACUGGCGGCAGGCCAUGGCACUGCUUGCAGAUGCACCGC